GCUAUCCCCGCACAUGCCCUCCGCGAGCCCGCCACGAAUCCACCUAUGGCGGCUCUGACGCUCAAGUGCGAGAUGCUACCAUGGCAGCUCACCAUCUGGCCCUCGGGUGGCGCUUCGGUCGUCACCGUGAGCGACGUCCUCGAGCAGCUAUACCGCUUCCUCCGCCUCGGCGCCACCGCCGAGGAGUACAAAGCCCUGCCGUCGCAGGCACACCGUGACGCUGUCGCAGAGGCAUACCGCGCGCGCUGCAUGCGCGCCGGCGCCGCGUCGUUCGAAAUCGAACGGCGCAAGGGGCUCAAGCGCGUCGAUUUCCUCGUCGGGCACACCAAGUUUCUUGGGCUUAUCUGCACCAAGCUGGGCCCGAACGUGUGGGCACUC